GAGGAAGCUAUCUUAUUCCGAUGUCUGAAAUUUUAAAGAUUUUGAUGGAUCGCGGAUAUAAUGUGACAUUAGUAGCACCAGGAAAUUUUACUGCAAAUUCCCACUCUUAUCGCUCGAUUCCACAGGUUAUUGUUGAUAAAAAAGCGGGCAUUGAAAUUGUAAAUCAAAAUGUGGUGAAAAAAGCUUUCAUGGAAAAAUUCAGUCUUAGUACAUUUAUUAAAUCAUUUGACAUUGAAGCUUACACCAAAUAUAAAAUGUAUAAACAAACCGCUGAGGAAAUCAAUGCAGAUUUAUUUGUUUGUGAUAUUGGCAUGAAUUUUGCAUGUUUUGAUCUUGCUUGGAAAUUAGAAAAGCCUGUUGUUGCAUUCGGUUCUUCUCCAGAUUUUGCCGUCCUUCCACCACCAUAUAAAACAGUUCCUUUUCUUGAAUGUCAUGUGAACAUGGAAAAUGAAUCUUUCUAUGAUAGAUUUACUUGUGCCAUUAUAAGACCUUUAAAUUUUAUCUGGCCCAUCUGGUCAAUGGGAAAUAAUUUAAAUGCUCAAAGAGUAAAGUUAGGUAUCGAACCGUAUUGGAACCCAAGAGCACGAAUGGAGAAUAUUUUAUGUUUGUUUGAUACUUUUCUUGGAUUUGAGGUAGUUAUAUAA